AUUCAUUAAAUUAACGAAUAAGGCCGUGACAAAUUUAGUACGACUUGCAGUUAGAUAUAGGAUGUCUUGGUGUUUGUGUAAUUCUGGAUUGAGAUGGAGCCUGAAUCACCCUGGAAUGACGAUCCACACCUACACCCAAACUCCACCAGUACCAGUCCAUUGGAAUACCUCUCAACCGUAACAGACUACUUUAGCAUCCCGCUAUGCGUUGCCGCCAUAGUGGCAGACUUAUUUUUAACGGUUGUCAUAUUAAAAUACAAGCGACUCAAGAAGAGAACCAAUCUGUACUUGGUAAAUUUCAAUAUCAGCCACAUCCUUUACAUAAUAUCAACCCCUCUGCUGUACUAUAUGGUAUCGGAAACAUUCUACGAAGGACAAAUGGACAUUCAUUGGUACUGUGUUUGGAUACGCGUCGAGAACUUCGCUAUGGGGUUAGCUUUCAGCUUUAUCGCGGGGUACGGCAUGGACUCGUUCCUGGAAAAAGCUAAACCAAGUUGGUUCUCGAGGUACAAGGAGAGGUAUCUUUACGUCUUUUCGUUUUUCUACUUCGGGCAUUUCCUUGUCUACUUGAUAGCGGCCAGUAUUUGUCUCAAGAGGGGAUUCAACAAUAACUUUAAUUUCCACUUCUUGUCGGGUUAUUUUUUCCUUGCUCUGAUAAGCAUUUUAUACGUAACUUACGAGGAACAAAAGUUGGAGAAGAACUUAAGGUUGUCAACGCCGCAUAAGGCUUACUCCUUAACUGUAUCUGUUAUUAUAUUACUGAUGUGGAUGCCCUUAAUAAUUUUUUAUAAUAUGGUUAUUAUAUUUGCUAAUUUUGAGAAUGUAGAGCGAGUUCUUUGGUAUACACUAUUCCUGCCUGAAUAUUUGGCUUACUGUUGUCCGAUGGUUAUCAUAUACGAACUCUGGAAAUCCAGUAAACAGUUUAGAAACGCUUUUCGCAAGGUUCUUAGGAUGGCGGUGUUGGACUCUGAUUUCGAUGAAUUAAAUGUUCACAGUGACGAUCAAUGAACCCUUGUAAUCGAUAUCACAAGAGAAAUUUGUUGAAAUGUUGGUGAAUAAUAAUGCAUCCUUAAGAAAUAUUUAAUUAAUUUUGUACAUUUUCAAAUAAAUAAAGUAUAGUCCAGUUA